CGCCACCACUUAUUUUCUGGAAUUUCCUUUGCUUAUCACAAAUUUUAUUUUUUUACGCGGUGUGAACGUUUUCGACAUUUUAUCGCUUGUACGCCAAGAAGUUGUUUGUCAAAACGCGUCUGCUACAGAAUAUAAUUAAAUCGUUGACCACUUCAACGAUUUCACAACGCAUCUCAACUUCAGCUCGUCAACUAGCAAACAGUGUAGACAAAAGCAAUAAAACAAUGGUUAUCCAACACAACGUUAAGGGUUAUGAGGCGUUUACCAAAUUGGUAGAGGAAUUGGAAUCGAAUGCCGAUGGACAACCUAUUCAUGUGCUCUUUAGCGGUGGCAAGGACGAGACUGGGGCGAGCUGGUGUCCUUAUUGUGUGAAAGCUGAGCCGGUUGUGCAUGACGCUCUCCCUAAAGCUCCGGAAAAAUCGCAUUUCAUUCACGUUGAUGUUGGUGAGCGCGCAUACUGGAAGGAUCCGAAUUGUCCUUUCCGGACCGAUCCCAGGCUAAAAAUGGUUUGGGUGCCUACUUUGAUGCGCUGGAAAACGCCAUUACGCAUUGAUAGUGAGAAUGUUACUAAGAAGAAUCUUGUUGAUAUGAUCUUCGAUGAGCCAAUCGAACAAAAGUAGUUAACAUAAAAUAAUUAAAUGAAAAAGAAAAGGGUUUUGACUUCGAAAAAUGUUUAAAAUAUUGUGAUUAACCGCUAUAUUGUAUGUGGGUAUAUGCACAUUUGUAGAUAGUGUAUUGUAAAGUGUAGAUAUUGUAAAGUGUAUGCAAAAUAUAUCAAUAAUAAACAGUUUUAAUUGAAUCUCCAG